AUGCCACAACUCCAUACCUUGAUGAUAGAUCACGCCCAAAAUAUAAAAGAUCAAGACUCUCAUUCUCCUAUGCCCAUUGUAAGGGUGAUGGGCGAGUUUUAUCAAACCACAGUUUCAUCCUUCCGGCCUCGAAUUUUCGCUCUUGCGGCCCUGCCAAAUGACUUGCAUUUUGACUCCGAGAUGCUAAAAUUGGAGCUCAUAUUGGAUGCAAAAGUGUUUGGCAUGGCCGAAACUAAGAGAAGUGACAUUCUGUCGUUGCCUGACCGCCCAAAGGAGUUGGUGAUUAUGUAUAAUACGGCGACAGGGAUCGCAGAAACCCGUCUUUCCAAACAAUUGCAUCAAUUCGAUCCUGAUGAAUCCAUAUUUCCAUCUUACUUCCGAGCAUCCCGUCAUGCUCUUCUUGAGGUGGGACCCUGUGCUCAAGACUUGGUUUGGCGCCGCGCACUCAAGGAGAUCGAAACAUUGAUUCCUUCUUGGUACAACAGCAUGGACGACGACGAAGAAACACAGUCCUCGAUUCUCAGGGCGAAACAAGGCAUUCGCGAUACACUAAAAAAUUGGCCUUUCACGAUGCCCAAUUUGGACCCCUCCUCCAAAGGCUUUAAUGUCACUCACAAGUUUCGUAGGUUAGUGGAUAUUCUUAUGACUUGUGGGUCGUACGGAAAAGGGUUUAGAGGUAUCAUCUUUGUGCAGAAGAGAGCAAUCGCUCUAGUCCUUGUUGAUCUGUUUCGUAAUCUCUAUCAUGAGCUCAGAUUCAUUCGACCUUGCGCGCUCUUUGGGCAUUCAUUUUCGGACUUCAAACGCCAUCAAGAGAUUUUUCAUGGUUUUGUGACUGGAGAAUAUAAUUUACUAGUUGCGACCAAGUCGACGGAAGAUCUCGAAAUUCCCAGAGCCUCUAUGGUGAUUCGUUACGACCUAUUUGACAGUCAAACCUCACACGCUUACGCGAAAGCCCGGACGUGUGGACGGGAAAGCCAUUUGAUUCAUAUGGUUGAACGUGGUAAUGAUAUGCAUCACCACAUUUUGUCGCAUAUCAUGAACGCAGGGGCUGAUAUCCUACGAUGGACUGAAGCUCUCUACGAAAUGGCCAAUAAUUUUGCCCCCGUUCCACCCCGCGACAUCCGAGAAUCAAUAAAUCCUUAUCAUUCAGAUAGCGACGACGAGGAUUCAACUGAAGAAUAUAUAACGGAUCCAACUACCAGCGGUCGAAUUUACAUUCAGGAUGCUACAACCGUCAUUUACCGUUUUACUGCAGGCCUGAAAUCAACUGGAUUCCGUCUUGAGGAUGAUAAGUCUCUGUUUGAUCUCAAAGAGAUUCACAGUGGCUUUGGAACGACCAACACACUUGUCUGCUCAGUCACGCUCCCUGGCACAGUGAUCGACAACAUUUCGGGUUCCCCGUCUUUGUCGAAGUCACAAGCGAGACGGUCUGCAUGUUUCGAAGCUUGUCGCGAGCUAUCGAAUGCUGGCCUCCUCGACUAUCGAAUGGUUCCUCUUCCCCCUUUCUUGUUGCGACAGCAUAAUGGUCUCCCGGUGCCAUUGACGGAUAAAGAUGAAAGAUCCUCUAGCACUCGGUGCUACCCUCGCAAAUACCCAAAUUUCUGGGCCAAUUCCAUCACUGGCCCUAUUGUCCGUCUUUGCCCAGUUAUUGUUUCCAUAUGUCCCGACGCAGACAACUUUGCAGAUUUCGCUCCCAUCUUGAUACUCACUCGACGACCGCUACCUCAUCUGGAAGGCUUCAAAUUGUUUUCAUCUGGCAUCUCAUCCAGUGUUCGGUUUCAAAGGGCUGCUGUGCUGCAGCUGAAUGAUUCCCAACAACACCUUAUUAAUCAAUACACAAACAGAGUCUUUCGAGCUAUUUUAAACAAACCAUUGACUUGUUCUUUGGAAGACUCCCUGUAUUUUAUUGCUCCUUUGACAUACCCAUGGUCCUUCCCGCUCCAAAAGGGUUUGGACUUUCCAGAUGUAUCCGACUCUAUUUCUUGGGAUUUGGUCAACUUAGCUGCUCUUAAUUGGGCAAUUCCUAUUAGGGCUGGUUCGGCCGAUGAGCUUGUAUUGGACUUGAAAGAUGCAGUUGUUCAAGAUCGAUGGGUUGAAUUCACUCGCCGAUAUAAUGUGAACGAGGUGCGACGGGACAUGACGCCGCUGAGCAAACCAGAUGACAGUCCGCGCGAAGCUGACUACGAAAGUUUGCUAGACUUUUGUAAAGCGAGGCGCAAAGGGUUUGAAGGUUUGAAGGAUUAUCACCAGCCCAUUAUUCAGGUUGAACGGGUUUCCCCCGUCGAGAACCACUUGGAUCCGACGUCAAAACCACUCACACCGCCGUCAAAAGCUCCCGCUAAGUAUCUCAUCCCAGAGCUGUGUGCCAAAUUCACACUUCCAGCGAGCACCUUGCGCACUGCCCUGCUUCUCCCAUCUAUCAUGAGACGGAUAGACGAUCUUCUGAUCGUAAAAGAAUUGAAUGCCAGGUUUUUUGAUCACGCGAUUCGGGAAGACCUUUUACAUGUCUCUUUAUGUGCGCCCUCUGCCGGUUUGGAAUACAACUAUGAACGUCUUGAACUUCUCGGUGAUGCGUUCCUCAAGUAUCUCUGCACGAUUUAUGUUUUCGUGGCCGAGCCUACUCAAAAUGAAGGAUCGUUACACAUCGCCCGUCAAAAGCUUAUUAGCAACAAAUCGCUUUUGGAGAAUUCAAAUCUUAUAGGAUUACCAGUCUAUAUUCAGGCGAAGCCAUUCCCCGCGAAAUCGUGGCAACCACCCAACUUUCGCUUAACACCUCGAACCUCAAAAAUGAUAGUCGACAAAUCUGACGAGGAAGCCUUUACUCCUAUGAUUCUUGGUUCUGAGAUGAGCUCCGAUGUCGUAGAGGGUGCCUUCACACGGACUUCGACCGCUUGCAACCCUCACGUAUCUGGUGUCGAUCUGGCGGUAAUAAAUGAAACAUCAGACGUGAACGAACGCGAUCCGCCAUUCUACGGGAAGAAGAAUAAGAAAAAGGCGCGGCAAGAUGAGCAAAGCUCACAAUGGCUGGGCGAUAAGGCAGUUGCUGAUGUUGUUGAAGCAAUUAUCGGCGCAGCAUAUAUAUCUGGUGGACGUGAGACCGCUUUGCAAGUUACCAAGGCUUUGGCCAUUCCCAUCUCUAACAUCAAUCGGUGGUCGGACUUUGGCCGCAAUGUUUCGACACCUCCGCCAGACGCAAGCGCGAAACUGCGCCCAGAGUCCACCUCGGCCAUUGAAAGGAUAAUCGGUCACAAUUUCCAACGACCACACUUACUUGCUCAAGCUCUGACCCAUUCAUCUAUGCAAGGUCAUGAAAGUGCGUCUUACGGACGACUCGAGUUCAUCGGAGAUGCUAUUCUGGAUUUCAUGGUGAUCCAGCAUAUUUUCAAUCGGGACCAAACAUUGUCCCCUGGUGCGUUGACGCUAUUAAAGGGCGCUAUGGUCUCGAAUUCCGCUUUGGCCGCUGUUUGUGUUUCGUCAGGGUUGCGAAAACACCUUCUCUUCGAAUCGUACCAGCUCGCAGGCAGUAUAGAAGUCUACGCAAAUGAAUUAAAAGCACGACAACAAAAGGAGUACCUCGCUGCGGAGCGAGAAGGAAGGUCACCAGGCCAAUAUUGGCUUGGGAUCGAGCCUCCCAAGGCACUUUCCGACGUGGUAGAAUCGAUCAUAGGCGCUAUCUACAUCUCAGAUGACUUUACUCCAAUCGGUGCGGAGCGAUUGUUCAACAACGUGCUGAAACCAUUUUACGACAAGCACAUUACUUUGCAAACCCUGUCGCACCAUCCAACUAAGAUUUUGUUCGAACUAUUUCAAGCCCAAGGCUGCCAUCUGUUCGAGAUCUCGAAAGAAAACAAUGCAGAGAAGACACUUUGCCAUGUGCUUGUUCACGAAGUUAUCUUAGCGAGUGCCGAGGAUGUCAUGCCCACACUAGCAGCGCGCCAAGCUUCAAUUUUUGCAUUAGAUGCUCUUCAGGGUGAUGCGGAAUUUAUGAGAAGGAUCUGCGAUUGCAGGACGCAGUCAUCAAACAAGAAACCUCGAAGGAAGAGCGAGUUUGAAGAAGAGCUUUUGACGCUUCAGUGA